AUGGAUUCGAGUGACCAAGACCAUUUUGGGCAUCAUCCCGACCAACGCGACCCCCGCGUCCAGCGGAUCUACAGACCGAACCUCUACAGCCAGAACUCAUACCUCCACGCCGCAUAUCAGAUGAAUCCGCACAAGGAAGAUCAAUAUGCCUUUCCGCAACAACAUCAGACACAGCCCUUCUACCAGGAUACGUCCUAUGGCACAUAUGUAGUCAACCCUCAACAGCCACUCGACGACUAUUACGCAUCGUACGGUCCUGAAUAUGCCGACUUCAUGUACCCAGCCAUGGUUCAGGAUGAGUUUGGCGAUAUGGAGGAAAUUUCAACCCGACCCAGAUUGACCAAGGAACAAGUCGAAGUGUUGGAAUCUCAAUUCCAAGCAAACCACAAACCAAACAGUCAAGUCAAACGGCAACUAGCCAUCCAGACCAAAUUGACUUUGCCUCGAGUUGCGAACUGGUUUCAAAACCGCCGUGCAAAGGCCAAGCAACAAAAGAAGCAGGAAGAAUUCGAGGCCCAGAAUGGUGGUUCUACACAAUCCGGCUCAGACAGUCGCUCGGUCUCCAAAGCCACUUCCUCAACACCUUCAUCCCCUUCUAAAUCCAUGACCUCGCCCAUAAGGCAUUCUGCUCCACGAUCUGUGAACCAAGACUCACCCUCUCCAACCAAGCGGGCAGAUGCGUCUAAAGAAGCAAGCUGGGCCUCCCUCCAGCGAGCCCUAAACCAAGCCAAAGCCGCCCAGGGCCAGCAACCUGCCCAGGCAAAAGUAACAAUGGCUCCUCCAGAGUUACCGCCGCAGCCAUCCGCAAUCAAGCUCCCGCUUCGCAUCAGUCAGGCUUUUUCUACCUCGCGGCUCUCUGGCAUGGAUUCUUUGUCACAUCAGCGUGCAAAUCUCGAACCCUAUCCAUCACCUAUCACACUUCAGGACAACACGUUUGACUUUGGAUUCGAUCAGGAUAGUUUCGAUACUGCUCAAAUGGCAGAUCCCAUCGACCCCAGCUCCAACUAUUCCUCACAAUCUUUCGUCGUUACCCCUGAAGAUUGGGAUGAGCCUUUGGCCACCCCGAAGAACAAGGUCCCUCAGCACGAUCCAUUGACGGCUUUGCCAUCUCCAGGUCUUACCAUGCCAUCAUAUCCUGGGUCAAGACGGCAAUCAACCACUGAAGAGCUUUCCAAUAAUUUUGGCAACUUUGCCCUGGCAAACAGCUCUCCCAACAAUAUUGCGGCUCGGCGUGAUUCUGAAGUAAUCCGAGCCCCUGAAAAUGGAAGCCUCGAUAUUGCUGCAAGGAGGAAGCGACCACGGCCUGCCGCGCUGACAUCAUCUUCCUUGCGAAGUCGUUCAUACGGGGCUAUGACAUCGGCAUCACCAACCUUCCGUCAGGGCAUGAUCACGCCAACAGCACCCCACACAGUACGGCAUGUGAAGUCUGCCGGCCAUGGUCUAAAUGCCCGUUAUGCAGGCGUUCGAAAGGCCAGUUCUGCUCAGCGAUCGCCCAUGUGUGUAGCUAGCUUUGCUGAGGCGGAGGCUUUUCGCCAGUUGAUGGGACAACAGGCGACUGUUGCUCAGUCCCUAAGUGAACUCCCUCAACCUCUCUUGUCACCCGAUAUCGUGUCUGGUAGACAGUUGCAUGAACCAGAGAAGAACCCUCUGCACGCGCAGAAUAUUGACAUCAGCCAUCAGUUCCAAAGACCACUUCACAUUGCAACCGCCUCGCCUCCAAUCACACCAAUGGCAGCGGACUUCAUGACUAGAGGACUGUCGCAACAGUCUUUAAUUCCCCCAGCUUCAGCCCCUCCACAGUACGCAUCAUUCCCUGACUAUACGCCGCCCUAUUCAGCUGGACCACUCACCGGGAGUAGCUGGUCUGAUGCACCACUAACGUCACCUGAUGUGCCAUCGUUUCCACCUGUGACGUACGUUCCUUCUCUGGGAUACCCGCAGCAGUCUGACAUUCUAUCAACCAAUUUUCAACAAUUUGUCCUGCCGUCAGAUCCAACUACAGACUUGUGCUUGGAUUCCCAAUUUGACCAGAAAGGGACCGAAUUUUUCAUUCAAGAGUUUCCCAACCAAAAGCGGGAACAUGCUCGUGUCGCUCAGCAACUUGCUCAGCAAAAGCCAAGGAGCUAUGUCUUUAAUAAUUCGGCCCCUCACGAUUUUGAUCAAGAGUAG